AUGACAGAAUUGUGGCAGAGGUAUCAGCUAAAUGUCCUCGCUGCCACGGAUGACUCAUAUUACGGCCAUUAUAGCCACAGAAGCCAGAGAUCUCAGUCAUGCGACCCCGAAGGACGGUCUGGGGAAGCGUCCGGCCAAGAUCAGCCCUCUUCAAUAUCUGUGCCGGACUUCACUGCCAGAGCUAUGGCUUUUCACAAGUUCGCCGUGCCGGAGUCUCAGGGCUUCUCAUCACAGCCGAUUUCGUCCCUCACUCCAAGAGAAGCCGCUCUGGACCGCGAUUCAUUACCCGUAACCCAUCAGACCACCAACACUCGAGGUACUAAACGGCCAGAUUCGCCAUUCCCUGAAGACAUUGAGUGUGAUGCCAUCCUAGAAGCCCAGCGUGCAAAGCGUUUGGACCGGUCCCCCCUCCCCCCAGCCGUUAAACUCACCACCACCCAAGAAUCCAACCGCUCAGCGUCGCCUCAAGACCCUACCUCAUCACAAAGCUGUAGCUUCUUCGACGAAAGCAGCGCUUCAGAUGCUUCGGGCCACGUUGCACAACGUCGUAGCCCCUCCUCGUUUUCAGCCGAUGUAAACUUGGGACUCUCUGUUUGUGGUCUACCCUUUGAGGAUGUCAUCAACAUGACUGUGACGAAUCUGCCUGCGGAGAUGCGUGAACUUUUCUCCUUGGAUCAGAUUCAAAACUUCAUAUACUCUGAGAUUCUGAACCGCCCUCAAGACAUUAAGACGCUGAUCGAGCGAACCCGAGCCCGUCUGAACAGCCAACUCAUCAUGCAAAGACGACCUCUGACACUCGCGCGCCCCCAGGCAGUACGGACAAGUCGGUCGGAGAGGCGGCUACCUGCCGGUGCACAUCUUGAGCGAAUAAACACGGGUGAGAGUCCAGUUAUCACCCCGGACGCAUCUCCGGUCGCGUCCCCUGCCGCGCCCCCAGCACCCGGCCCAGGUCCUACCAAGGGUAAGAGUACUUUGGGGUUGGCAACCGGCGAGCUAGGAAAGUCAUUCCUCCGACCUGCGCUCCAGAGUCUGAUCCGCAAGAAGUCAUCAUCCGGACCUGAGCAGACUAGAUCCCUAUCCGAUCAGACUAUCAUCACGAGGUCGGUCGAGUCUGAGCGGCCUCCGCCGGGGCUAGACAAGUCUAACUUCUCCAAGAAGAAGCUCCACACUGUUCAUCCGCUCCCCGAACCCACUACGACAUCAUCCGAUAUCGCUGGCUGGGCCAAGUUCAAGGAUUUUCUGGAAUCCUUCCCUCUCGCAUUCGACCUCGAAAGCGAGGCCCUCCGCGACGAAGACGGCGCCUACCCUACCAAACUCCCCCGCCAGAUGGUGAUCCUCGUCGACAACGAUACCCGCCACGUCCGAGGCGUCUUCACCACGGGUGUGAUCAAGGGAUUCAUGCUCUUGGAGAAGGCACACACCGACUUCGUCUUCGGCGCGCCCGAGAAGUUCCACUGGCGCGGCCGCGACAUCGAGACGGGCAUGCCCAUGACGGGCUCGGGAUACCUGACCAUAUCGAAGUCGAUGUCUUCCAACAGAGCCGAGGCAGGGGCUAUGAAGCUGAGUGGGGUUUUCCGCGGCAAGUAUGGCGAGGUCGAUUUCAAAUCUGCCCAGGGCUCGCUACCGAUGGAGGACUGGGUACAAAACCCAGCUUAUUACCGCAAGGGGUGGGAGCUGAUGCUGAGAAGACCCGUGAUUGGAGAGUGGGAUUCUCUGCCGUGA